AUGACGCCUUUUUUGCAGCACACUUUAUUACGACGCCUAAAGGAGGUCAGGUUCUCGUUAUUGGAGAGAAUCGUUUCCAUAAGGAAUACGGGAAGGAGGAUAGAAGCUACUGGAGAUGUAGUAAGAGACUUAAGUAUGGAUCUAAAUCACUCAUAUCUUCCAGUUGGCCUCAUCGGAACCGGCAUAGAAUGCUUCGCGUCGUACUGCCUCAGUAAGCAAGGAAAGAUGGGUAUUAAUGUUGGAGGCUACAGAUUUCGAUUCAACGGAUGCGCUAGAAAUGGGAAGGUGAGAUGGCGCUGUUCGAGAGGACCCUGGUGCAAAGCUGCUUUGCACACAUACAGAGGAAGGAUCGUGUACAUCCAGAGUACGCAUAACUGUGGUCCAAAACCAAGCACUGCGUAA